AUGGCUGUAGCUCUAUUAGAUGACUGGUGUAAGGGGAUGGAUCUGGACCCCAGGAAGGCUGUACUCAUUGUGGGCAUCCCCGUACAGUGCACUGAAGCUGAGAUAAAGGAUGCUCUGAAAGAAGGCUUACCUCCUUUGUGUGCACACAAGGUGAUAGGCAGAAUGUUCAGGAGGGAAGAUGAAGCUAAGGCAGUCUUAAUUGAACUGACUGAAGUUGUCGAUUAUACUAUGAUGCCUACUCAUAUACCAGCAGAGGGUGGGGCCUGGGAAGUGGUUGUCAAACCCCGUAGCCCAGAUGAUGAGUUUAUCAAUAAGUUGAUCUACUUUCUGAGAGAUGAAGGGCGGAGAAUGGUAGAUGUGGCCAAAGCCCUGGGGUUUAGCACUGUCCCUACAGGGAGAAUGGAGCUAAAGAAUUUAGACCAAGACAAACCAAAAGGCUUGAAGUCUCUGUGCAGUAAUGGCACAUGUUACCAAAAACUAAAAGUGUUUUCUGGCAGUCCCUUUCCCGGCCCAGGAGAAGAAAGCUUUGAGACCUGGUUAGAGGAGGUCACUGAGCUGAUGCACUUAUGGCAGGUGUCUGAGAGUGAGAAGAAGCAGCGCCUUGUGGAGAGUCUGCGUGGCUCUGCCCUGUCAAUCAUGCAGGCACUGUGGGCUAGCAAUGACUCCCUAACUGUGGAGCAGUGUUUGAAAGCCCUAAAGCACAUCUUUGGGAAUAAAGAGGACUGUAAGGUCUUCCAGUUCAGGUUCCUUCAAUCUUCUCAGAAACCUGCAGAGAAGAUAUCUGAUUACUUGCUACGCUUAGAGCCCCUGCUGCAAAAAGCAGUACAGCAGAGCCCAUUGUCAACACACAGUGCAGAUUCAAUUCGUCUCAAGCAUAUCUUAUCUAGGGUCUCCAUGACCACUGGCCUUCGGGGCAAACUAUCUCUCUUAGAUCAGCAAGGGUGCCCACCUACUUUUCUGGAAUUAAUGAAACUCACUCGAGAUGAGGAAGAGUGGGAGACCACUAUGGUAGGGAAGGAGCAGAAUCAGGCAGAAAAGGAAAACAGGACACGUGAGACAGCAGAUCAAGUUGUUACCCAGGAGGAGUACUUUAGGGAGAUCAGCACCCAGACCAUAGGAGAGGAGAUCACAUCAGUGAAACGGAGGCGACUGCUAUGGAGACAGAGUACUGGAGAAGAGGAACAUAUGAGGGAAUCAGGUUUCUGGGCUGAAAAUGAAUCAGAUGAGGAGAAACCCUUUGUUACAAUACAGGAAUCGGGAAACGAGAGAGGGGCUUGGGCUAUGAGCCACCCCAACCCCAAGGAAAUAUAGGCUCAGGACAUGCAGGAAUUCCUUCCUCUGGCAGGCAACAGAGAUACUGUGACAAAAUCAUGGGGCAGCCCAGGCAAAGAGCAGGGGACAUGGGUGUUGCAGAAGAGCAGCGGGGCCAGGGUAAAGCCCCCAACUUCUUACUACUUAGAAAUGAUUACAACAAGCAAGGGCAAGUUCCAUGCAGCUCAGUGACAACCAAAUGCCAGGCCCACAGGGAGUGUCAGAGACAGAACUGGGGAGCUAAUAUGAUAAGCAGACUACAGGGUCAUCCAGACUGUAGUUGGCAUACUAGUGGGUCACAAGAUGGUGACGCUGGGUGCUCUGAGCUAAGGAUGCCCACCAGCACUGAAGCAGCACAGGGCAUAAAGGAGCCCGCCACGGGGUUGUCUUGGGCAGAGGACACCAGUGCCUGGGAGCAAGUACAGCUAGGGAGGGAGGGAGUACCCAGGAGAGGAGGCCGCAGGAUCCAGCCUGUCUUCAGGAUCAUCUACACUGCUCUAGGGGAGCCCCAUGAGGGCAGCACCCUUGAGUCCUUCCGUGAGUGAACUCCCCCCACCCCCGUGAAACCCCCAAUCUCCAGACCCACCAAAGGAUGGGGGGAUGGGGGCUAGGCA